AUGCCGCCGAAGGCCGACUGGGAAAAGUACAAGAAGCCCGACGUCGACUCCAAGGAUGAGGAAAAGAUCGUGGCGCUCGACGAGGGCGACAUCCAGCUGCUGAAGACGUACGGCCAGGGGCCCUACGCAGCGGCGCUCAAGAAGAUCGAAAACGAGAUCAAGGAGGUGCAGAAGCGCGUCAAUGAAAAGAUGGGAGUCAAGGAGAGCGACACGGGGCUGGCGCCACCCAACCUGUGGGACAUUCCCAUGGACAAGCAGCGCAUGGGCGAGGAGCAUCCGCUGCAGGUCGCCAGGUGUACCAAGAUCAUCAAGGCCGAGUCGGCCAACCAAGAGUCUGACGACAGCUCGCCCAGCGGCGGCGCGAGGGCAGGAGGUGGCGGCGGUCUGGCCGGCGCGCUAGGCGGUCUCGGCGGCCUCGGCGGCAUGGGAGGUCAGCCAAGCGCCGAAGAUCAGGACAAGUAUGUCAUCAACGUCAAGCAGAUCGCCAAGUUUGUCGUCUCGCUGGGCGAGCGGGUUGCGCCGACAGAUAUCGAGGAGGGCAUGCGGGUCGGCGUCGACCGCAACAAGUAUCAGAUCCAGAUCCCGCUGCCUCCCAAGAUCGACCCCUCGGUCACGAUGAUGCAGGUCGAGGAGAAGCCCGACGUCACGUACGGCGACGUCGGCGGCUGCAAGGAGCAGAUCGAGAAGCUCAGGGAGGUCGUAGAGACGCCCCUCCUCUCGCCGGAGCGCUUCGUCAACCUCGGCAUCGACCCUCCCAAGGGCGUGCUGCUCUUCGGACCUCCCGGUACCGGAAAGACGCUCUGCGCCCGUGCCGUGGCCAACCGGACCGACGCCACCUUCAUCCGAGUCAUUGGAUCGGAGCUGGUGCAGAAGUAUGUCGGAGAGGGAGCGAGGAUGGUGCGCGAGCUCUUCGAGAUGGCGAGGACAAAGAAGGCUUGCAUCAUCUUCUUUGACGAGGUCGACGCGAUCGGCGGUGCCCGCUUCGACGACGGCGCGGGAGGCGACAACGAGGUGCAGCGAACCAUGCUGGAGCUCAUCAACCAGCUCGACGGCUUCGACGCCCGUGGCAACAUCAAGGUGCUGAUGGCGACCAACAGGCCCGAUACGCUGGACCCGGCGCUGCUCCGACCGGGACGUCUGGACCGUAGAGUCGAGUUUGGCCUUCCGGACAACGAGGGGCGGGCGCACAUCCUGCGCAUCCACGCGCGAUCCACGUCGGUGGAGCGCGACAUCCGCUUCCACCUGAUUGCGCGGCUGUGCCCGAAUGCGACGGGUGCCGAGUUGCGUUCGGUGGCCACCGAGGCGGGCAUGUUUGCGAUCCGAGCAAGGAGGAAGAUGGCGACGGAGCGCGACUUCCUCGACGCUGUCGACAAGGUCAUCAGGCAGGGAAGCAAGUUCUCGUCGACGGCACUGUACGCCCAGUACAACUGA